CAAGUUAGCUGUGCAGCUGUUGAUGUUUCGUGCUCACGUUUCGCAGAACAAGAUAACUCCUCUAUGUGUCGUCUAAACGCCACUUUUAUACGCAAACUGGUAGACGAGAAGAGGAACGUGCACUCAGUGACACUAAAUGCCGCACAAAAGCCGACGCUCAUUCAUUUUUCGAGCUGUUUUUGUUAGUUUGCUACCUCGCUCGCUAGCUGGUUAACUUGUGGAAAACACUCAGUCUCAACUCCCUGCAACCCCGUCAACGCUGCCGUAGACGGUUUAAUUUGAUUGUGUCAUUGCUUUACAUUAACUGGUGUAAUCUGAAGUUGGCUGCGGUGUAAAUUGGAGCCAGCACCGCCGUCCUGGACAGCAUGUCGGAGUUGUACAUCAGGGUGGCCGAGGACGAGAGCGAGGAGCCCAUGGAGAUCCCGUCCGAGGACGACGGCACCGUGCUGCUGUCGUCGGUGGCGGCCCAGUUCCCCGGGGCGUGCGGGCUGCGGUACCGGAACCCCGAGUCCCAGUGCAUGCGGGGGGUCCGGCUGGUGGAGGGGGUUCUGCACGCCCCGGAGAACGACUGGGGGAACCUGGUGUACGUGGUCAACUACCCCAAAGAUAACAAAAGGAAGAUGGAAGAAAUAGAUGCGGCCUCAGCUGUUAAAAUUAAAAGGGGCUUUCAGAAGACAUCAGAUCUCAUUGUCCUCGGGUUGCCAUGGAAAACGACAGAGCAAGAUCUGAAGGAUUAUUUCACUACCUUUGGGGAGGUCAUCAUGGUGCAGGUGAAGAGAGACCUAAAAACAGGCAACUCAAAAGGUUUUGGGUUUGUUCGGUUCACUGAGUAUGAAACGCAAACUAAAGUAAUCGCUCAGAGACACAUGAUUGAUGGACGAUGGUGUGACUGCAAACUUCCCAACUCAAAGGUUUGUCCCGAUGAGCCCAUGCGGAGCCGUAAAAUCUUUGUUGGCCGCUGCACAGAGGACAUGACGACUGAUGAGUUGAGGCAGUACUUCAUGCAAUAUGGUGAAGUCACUGAUGUCUUCAUCCCCAAACCAUUCAGAGCCUUUGCAUUCGUCACCUUUGCUGAUGAUCAGGUUGCCCAGGCCCUGUGUGGAGAGGACUUGAUCAUCAAGGGUGUCAGCGUGCACAUCUCCAAUGCUGAGCCCAAACACAAUAAUAGUAGGCAAAUGAUGGAUCGAGGGCGUUUUGGGGCUGGUGGGUUCAGUCAGGGUUAUGGCAGUAAUCGCGGAGGGCUGGGCAGCGGUAGCGGAGGGGUUAACUUCGGGGCUCUGGGCCUCAACCCAGCAAUGGUGGCAGCAGCCCAGGCAGCACUGCAGAGCAGUUGGGGAAUGAUGGGCAUGCUGGCUAACCAGCAGGGUCUGACCACAGCGGCAGGCACAGCCCCCACCACCCGAGAUCAGACCUAUAGCUCUGCCAGCACCAGUUACAGCAGUCCCAGCUCAGCUGGCCUUGGCUGGGCUGCAGGCACCAACAACGCCGCAGGCAGUGGCUUCAGCUCCGGCUUUGGCACUACUAUGGAGUCUAAGUCCUCUAGUUGGGGCAUGUAGCUAGCUACAAGUUGACCUUUUCUGUUGCUGUUAGUCUGAUCUGGUAAGUAUUCCUGCAAGGGGGAAUGGCUUGUAUAUUAUUUAAGAAAAAAUACACUGCCUUUUAUUUUAUUAAAGAGAACAUUUAUACUUGUGUGACUGACUGUGUAGUCAUGCAUCGUAUGGGUGAAAUGUUUGCUUUGUUUGUGGAAUUUGCCACAUUAUUAUUUAUGAAAAUACGUUACACAAAGAUGACACAAAGAUGUGCAUGUAAUUUAACUAUUUAUAGACAUGCACGAGUAACUCAAGAUUACCCCACAGCCCUGUGUGAAAAUGGCAUAUUAUUAUGUAGAUGUGUAUGUAUAUGUGUGUGUAUAUAUGUAUGUAUAUACACACAUAUACAUACAUACAUAUAUAUAUGUCUUUAUUUGGUUGUAUCUUUGUUUUGUCAAACAAAUUUUGGAAACAUCUUCAUGAAAGUCUCUUCUGCAGUUCAACAACUCUUUCGCAAUUUCCCGGAAGGAGUCGCAUCUUUGGCAGCAAUGUUCGGCAGAUCUCAGUAUCAGUACCCCUCCUCCCAUGUGUAAAUGCUUUGUCCAAGAACACAGCUUCAUUCUGCAUAUACUGUGUUAGACGGUGGGUGCUUUUUUUUUUCUUUUUGUUUUGUUUGUUUUUGUUUCCUCUUUUUGGGGGUAUAAAAAAUCUCCCUUGUUGCUUUUCAAGAUCAGUGAGUGGGAUUGGUGAUAGACUGAGUGAGAGUGAGCGAAAGGGGAGCAAAAUGAAAGAAAGCAAGUGUGAGAAGAACAACUUGUGCAAGUUUUAGUUUUUUUUUCUUUCAUCAUCAUUUUUUUUUAAGAGACAAAUGCCUGCGAGAGUUGAGAAGAACCUGUGGCUUUGUGCGAGUGUGAGGGGAAGAAGCAAGUACGAAUGUUUUCCCAGUGGCCAUCACAAGGACAUUUCUUGCAUCAUAAAAUCCCUAUGUACUCUGCUGUUCCAUAUCAUUUUCUACCAAACGUACCUCUUAAAAAAGAAAAAUACCACAGUGAAAUGUCAAGUGCUUUGAUUAUUUGUAUCCUUUUGUAGAUCCUUUCUUGCUGUCUGAUUUGACGUGAGUGCUGUGUCUGGUCGUGUGCUUUAUUUUCUCUUUGUUACCACCCUCUGUGUGAAAAUGUGACUUUGUUCCACUGAAGUCUGUGUGAGGGGGGGAAAUAAUGAAAGUGUGUUGGAAGUUCGAAAGACAUUGUUGUGGUGAAUGUUUGACAGGUUCCCAUUGAAAGUUUGUUUGAAGUGGUUAUGAAUGCAUUUUCUAUGUUUUGUGAAUCAAAGGGAAGUCUAAAAUAAAAUUUAAUUUGACUAGGUAUAAACACCCUCUUGACAGUGACUUGUUUUUUCACUUUACAUUAAUUGAAUUGCCAACACUUUAAUUCACAUGUAUAGGACCCUCGGACACGGAAAGCCCAGGUUUUCUUCUGAAACGAGAUUGGAGUCAGUUGCGCGGAAGAUGAAGCCGUUCACAGAGCUGGUUCAGACCACUGGAAUUACAGCGAGACUUCACUAAUCCUGUCUUCAACACCACACUAAGAAACCCUGGACCACCAAACACCAAAUUCAAAGCGGACCAUUGUCAAAUAAUCUACUGAGGUAUUUUUUGUUUUGAUUUUCUGCAGUCAGGACCAAAAUCACACCUGUCUUUUGGUAAUUUGGAUUUUGUCCUCUUAAAUCUGAUAGAAAUUCUGCUUUUCCAAAACAUGAUGUGUUAGUAUUGGUCUUUUUUCUUUUUUUUUUUUUUAAUCAAGUCAUUUAAAUUUUCUUGAAGUUGUAACCAAUGUGUGCAGUUGUUGUGGUUUUUGUCUUUUCUUUAAUGAUGAAAAAGAUUUAGCAGAAAUCUUUUGGUCAGAUGUGUUGUUGGUUAUUUGUUUACUUUUAUUUAAAAACGAUUAAAUGUAUAAACUGACAGAUUUUCAAUAAAAACUUAAAGCUGACCGAUUUGAACAUGCCAGCUCCCAAUCUCUGUGCUCAUUGAAAUGUUCACUGAAAAGUAUUGAAUUGUAAAAACACAUUGGAAGUUUUUAAUCAUCUGUGGUCUCUGUGUUUGGUCCUUUUUAUGAGGUCCGUAUCAAGCUGCUUUUCUUUGUUCAAUAAAACAAUUGUUUGCGGUUAA